CUUAAAUUCUGGCCAAGUUAUGAGCCUGUGAGGGGAGGGCCGUUAACCCCCUGGACGCUGGCAUAAUCCUCUCCUUCCCUUUUGGUCUGCACAGCGUGAAAGCACACUGCGUCCUCCGUCCUCUGCGGAGGGAGAGGCCAGCCUGCUAGGGAGAUGCAGAGAUCCGCAGCAAAAACAAUGACGGGCUAAAAUCCCUCUCGGAUACCAAGCUCCAAAUUGACCUAUCACUUCGGUCCCUGGGUAGUUGACAGAGCAGCACAAUUUCAAAUCCAAUAGCCUCGAACGUGUUUCUGGGCAAAGAAGCAGUGGUAAAGAGAGGAGAGAUUUAGAGUUGCUGUUGGGUAUUUGCCAAACUUUUCCCCCAGGGCUGUGGCCAAAGAAGGAAUCCAACUUCAAUUUGCUGCUGAGGCGCGGGGUCCAGUCACCUCACCGAAGGUCUAGAAAACAUGAAGACUGUGGUAUUUUUCCUGUACAUCUUGGGAGCUACAACUGCAAUCCCGACAAGUACACGGUUCUUAUCUGAUCAUUCCAAACCAACUGCCGAUUCUCUGAGUGCCAGCCAAGAAGCUGCAGCGUCAGUAACACCAGGCAACACUGCCAUUCCCAUUUUAGAGAUUGAAGAUAUAGAAAAUGAAAAAGAAACCACAGCACUGGCAGAGGACCACCUCCACCAGGAGGCUGAAAAACCUCCAAAGCCAAAGCCAAAAGUGGAAAAUGAUGAACAAUCAGAAGAUCAGGAGCAGAAUUAUAGCCCAGAGCUGGACCUGAAGGAUCAAGGGGAUAGUGAUGGUGGCUUCGGUGUGGAUUUAGAAUAUAAGCCAACUGAAGGAACCUUGGACCUAAAAGAAGAUAAGAGUGAUCCUCAAAAGAAGAGUCUUCCAGAAAACAUUGACUUCCUUGCUCCUGAUGCUAGUUCCACUGUGGGUUAUAGCCAACAAGAAAGUGUCACAGAAAAAAGCCACGAUCAACAGUUGAACUUGAGUAGCAAAGACCUAGGCGAUCAAGGAGACCAAGAGCAGAAUGCAAAUAGUCCCCGAGGAGAGGAAGAGGAAGAAGAGCCAGAUGCCGUUGGUACUCAGAAUGACAGCCAAGAAAGGGGAGAGGAUUUUCCCAAGGAGCAUUCAAACAGCGAUCAGGAGGAAGACAGUACCCAACCUGACAGUCUUUUGGAAGAGUCCAGUCAACCAACUCAAGUCAGUAAGGUGCAGAAGGAAGAAUUUGAGCAGAAUAGCCAAGAGCAAGAAGAAGAUAAUUCCAAAGCAGAAAGGGAUGAGGAAAAUGCCUCAAAAAUCAAUAAGCACAUUCAAGAUACUGAAUGGCAGAGCCAAGAAGGAAAAACAGGUCUUGAAAUUAUCAGCUCCCACAAGGAGAUGGAUAAAACGGUUGUUCCUGAAGAUUUGCUCAUGGAGCCUACUGAUGAUGGUAACAUCAUGCCCAGAAAUCAUGAGGCUGAGGAUGGUGACUUCGGUCCCAAGAAAAAUGCUAGUGAUGAUUAUUUCAUCCCAAGUCAGGACUUCUUAGAAAGCGAAAGAGCUCAAUCCAAUUAUUAUCAUGUCAACUAUGAAGAGGCGAAAGAAAGAGCACUUGAGAAUGAGAGUGUUGAUAGCCCUGGAGCUGGAGAAUCCCAAGCGGCCAAGAAAGCAGAGAGCUCACCAAAUGCAGACGAAAACUCAAGUGAAGAUUCUUGUAUGAGUUUCCAGUGUAAAAGAGGACAUGUUUGCAAGGCUGACCUACAGGAAAGACCCCAUUGCGUUUGUCAAGAUCCAGUGACUUGCCCUCCUACAAAACUCCUUGACCAAGUGUGUGGAACCAACAACCAAACCUAUGCCAGCUCUUGUCAUCUGUUUGCUACCAAGUGCAGCCUGGAAGGGACCAAAAAGGGACACCAACUGCAGCUGGAUUAUUUUGGAGCCUGCAAAUCUAUUCCUGCCUGUACGGACUUUGAAGUGACUCAAUUUCCUCUACGGAUGAGGGACUGGCUCAAGAAUAUCCUCAUACAACUUUAUGAAAAGAACCCUGAACAAGCUGGAUAUCUAAACGAGAAGCAGAGGAAUAAAGUCAAGAAAAUUUACCUGGAUGAAAAGAGGCUUUUGGCUGGGGAUCAUCCCAUUGACCUGCUUUUAAGAGAUUUUAAGAAAAACUACCACAUGUAUGUGUAUCCUGUCCACUGGCAAUUUAGUGAACUCGACCAACAUCCCGUGGAUAGAGUCUUGACACACUCAGAGCUUGCUCCUUUGCGAGCUUCUUUGGUGCCCAUGGAACAUUGCAUAACCCGUUUCUUUGAGGAGUGUGAUCCCAACAAAGACAAGCACAUCACCCUGAAGGAAUGGGGCCACUGCUUUGGCAUUAAAGAUGAAGACAUAGAUGAAAAUCUCCUAUUCUGAAUUCAAACCGUCCAGUAACCUCCUCUGCCCUGACCACUUCUGACCUAUAUGCACCUGUUAGACUUGUAGAUUUAUGUGUAACAAAUAUUUGCAUGGAUGAGAAGACAAUGACAGUAAUUACAUUAUAAUGGUAUAUGCACCAGGCACAUAACAUUAACUCCUGGAUAUAAGUCAAGCCAACAUAUGCAAAAUAUUAUAUACUGUUUGAACAUAAACCAUUUAAUUCAUAGAAAUUUUACUCUAUCAGUUUGUGAAAUAAUCACUAAUUAUAAAAAAAUUAAUACAUUUAUAUUGCCUAUGAUAUGUGCACUUCAAGUGAAUGGAAUAAUGUUCUUUGAGUUGUGUGUAUUCUUUUCAAUGUCUUAAUAUCCUAAUAAAGUAUCCAUAAAAACCCAAA